UUGCGAAUUUUUUCGCCAAAUAUUGAUUUUUAUUGGCUUCAAAAACUAUACUUACAGAUCAAGACGUUAUGUCGACAGUGUCCGCCGGCGGCCGUCGUGGUCCGCCGAAGGACUUCCGCGGGUCAUCCCGCGGUGAUCUGCGACUGAUGAAGCCAAGGGGACGGGGAUAUUCCCAGUCAGAUGUCGGGGAACCUUUUAUCCCACGAUUCUCAGCUGUAGCUAGUGAAGGAGUAAAAAUAGGACUACCGCCUGAGGAAUAUGGAGAGAAUACUACAGUCUUGACGGGUAUGACCAGUGAACACUCUUAUAACGGGGACGAUCGGCCCGUCUAUGAACCUCCUAUGGGAAGAGUGAUGAGCAGGAGGUGCUCCAGAGUAUUGUGGCUUAGCGCCGCUGGUUUGAUUUCUAUAAUAGCCCUUGCAUCGGCUCCUCUCAUGUGCACAUUGCCAUUCGCAAUUUCUUAUCUAGGUUAUCAAUAUCCACAAAUCACAUGUAAUGUCGAUUGCCAAGGUUAUUUGUUAUUAAUGGCAAUCAAAACUUUAUUAUUAGUCGUUGCAUUAUGGGCGUUAUAUUGGCGACGAGCUGCUGCUGAUCUUCCGAGGCUGUACUUCGCCCGUGCAGCUCUGAGCUUUUUUGUGUUAUUUAUUUUAUUUGCAUUUUGGUUAUUCUACACAGUACGAAUUUUCAUGGAAAGACAUGGAAACUAUACUUAUGUGGUAACCUACGCGCUCUCAUUGCUAGAUGCUUUACUGUAUACUCAUUACAUCUCAGUCAUAGUACUAGAACUCCGACGGUUACGUCCUGAGUACAUUGUCACUGUGGUCCGCGAUCCGGACGGUGAAUCGAGAACUAUGUCAUUAGGUAUGAUGUCCUUGCAAGAAGCGGCCAUACAGGUUCUGCGCUUCCACGAGUCCUACUUUCCUUCUUACAAUGUUUUUCUGGACAAGGCUCGACAAUCCAGUCAUCGAAUGCGAAAUUCGUCACAGCCUCCAGGGUUCAAAAUGUACGAUAUUGAAGGACUAGGCAGUGGAACUGCUGAAAUCAGCCAGAGUAACCUCCGUGCACUCAUGGAAGCGACAUCGCGGCGACGCAGCACAAAUCACAACGACAUUCUUCAAGAGGAAUGCGAAUGGGAAAGACGAAUCAAAAAAAGAAAAUAUCGCUUGAUUGCGUCGGCUGAAGAAGCAUUCGCGCAGGUGCAAAGCCUUGUCGACAGUCAAGCAGGCAACAAGAAUCUUUGCGAUGCCAUGGAUUCGACGACGGCAGCUCAAGGUGUCUUCGCAUGUAUCAUGCGUCCAUUGAAUAAAUAUCUUCGUCAAACAAGGCAACAGCCUCGACAUCCUGCCGAAGCUGUCACCCAUCAUAUAGAAAGAUGUCUGAGCAUGCGGCUGAACUAUCGCACGUUCUUGCAACGAUUUUUCAGCGAUAGAUUCCCUGCUAAGGAUAUUGUAUCGGAGUCCAAAUGGUCUAUAAUCUCUGAUGAACAAGCGUCCGCUUCUAUUCAGCAUGGCACCACGUUUUUAUUACGUUCACACAACAAGGAUGACGAUGCGGGUGUACAGUUACUAUGCACUAUAAGUUCGUUACCGUUUUUCAAUCUCACCGAGCAGUCAAGGACUCCAAAUAAUAAAUUCGCGUUAAAAAUCAGAAAUGAGUCAUCAGUAUAGAAAUUGUUGUGUUAUUUAGUAUAAUUUGCCAAAGGCUGAGGUUGCAUCACGAUUCUAUCUCUUGACUUUACCUAAUUUGUGGCCAGUGGCCCGAAAUUCUGCUUUACAUCGGCUGAUUUGUGCCUGUAUGUGUUUUCUAUCUGCCCAUACUUAGAUGUGAUUACGGUGUACUUUGUUGUCAUUCCUCUAAUAUAUAUACAAUAUUAAUUGAUUUUUCUUGUAAAGGCGAUCGUUGACGUUAAAAACAUUGAUCUUCUUGCCUUUUUGUAAGUACAGUAUCUCGAUUUUUCCACUUUCUAAUUGCAUUUCAUCUUUCUCUACAAUCUCAUUUUGAUGUUCUCUUGAACUAAUGUG